CGCGAUGUUGUGACGUCAUCGGGGCGCCGGAGCGGGAAUCCAGGACAAUCCUGCGAGGGUGUGCACUCUGGACAGCAUGAUGGUCUGCGGGCUCCGCGCGCGCACCUGCUGGGCUCUGCGGUCCUUCGCUGUUAGCAGGCGAGCGCUGCGCUCCAGUCCGCGCACCCACGCUUUCGCCAAGGAGCUCUUCCUGGGCAGGAUCGAGAAGAAAGAAGUUUUCCCAUUUCCAGAAGUUAGCCAAGAUGAACUUAAUGAAAUCAAUCAGUUUGUGGGACCCAUAGAAAGAUUCUUCACUGAAGAGGUGGACUCUCGAAAAAUUGAUCAGGAGGGAAAAAUCCCAAUAGAAACAUUGGAGAAACUGAAGAGCCUGGGGCUUUUUGGGAUGCAAGUCCCAGAAGAAUAUGGUGGCCUGGGCCUCUCCAACACCAUGUAUGCGCGGCUAGGGGAGAUUGUCGGCCUGGACGGGUCAAUUGCUGUGACCCUGGCAGCACACCAGGCCAUUGGCCUCAAGGGGAUCAUCUUGGCCGGUAGUGAAGAGCAGAAGGCCAAAUAUCUGCCCAAACUGGCAUCAGGAGAACACAUUGCCGCCUUCUGCCUGACGGAGCCGGCCAGUGGAAGCGAUGCUGCCUCCAUCCGGACUAGGGCCUCUCUAAGUGAAGAUAAGAAGCACUAUAUCUUGAACGGCUCCAAGGUCUGGAUCACCAAUGGAGGACUUGCCAGUAUUUUUACCGUGUUUGCUAAAACCAAUGUUGUUGAUUCCGACGGCUCAGUAAAAGACAAAAUGACAGCAUUUAUAGUAGAGAGAGACUUUGGUGGAAUCACUAAUGGGAAGCCUGAAGAUAAGUUAGGCAUCCGUGGCUCAAACACCUGUGAAGUCCAUUUUGAAAACACCAAGGUGCCCAUUGAAAAUGUUCUAGGAGAAGUUGGAGGUGGGUUUAAGGUGGCCAUGAACAUCCUCAACAGUGGGCGGUUCAGCAUGGGCAGUGCUGUGGCCGGGAUGCUCAAGAAAUUAAUCGAAAUGACUGCAGAAUAUGCCUGCACGAGAAAGCAGUUCAACAGGAGCCUCAGUGAAUUUGGAUUAAUUCAGGAAAAGUUUGCCUUGAUGGCUCAGAAGGCUUAUGUAAUGGAAAGUAUGGCCUACCUCACUGCAGGGAUGCUGGACCAACCAGGGUUUCCUGACUGCUCCAUGGAGGCUGCCAUGGUGAAGGUGUUCAGCUCAGAGGGUGCCUGGCAGUGCGUGAGUGAGGCGCUGCAGAUCCUCGGCGGCUCGGGCUACAUGAGGGACUACCCGUACGAGCGCAUGCUGCGUGACACCCGCAUCCUGCUCAUCUUUGAGGGAACCAAUGAGAUUCUCCGGAUGUACAUCGCCCUGACAGGCCUGCAGCACGCCGGACGCAUCCUGACAGCAAGGAUCAACGAGCUUAAACGGGGCAAUGUGACCACUGUCCUGGAGACCGUUGGCCGGAGGCUUCGGGACUCCUUGGGCCGAACCGUGGACCUGGGAUUGACAGGGAAUCUCGGAGUUGUGCACCCCAGUGUUGCGGACGGUGCCAACAAGCUCGAGGAGAACGUGUAUUACUUCGGGCGCACUGUGGAGACGUUGCUGCUCCGCUUUGGCAAGACCAUUGUGGAGGAGCAGAUGGUCUUGAAGCGGGUGGCCAACAUCCUCAUCAACCUGUACGGCAUGACAGCUGUGCUGUCUCGGGCCAGCCGCUCCAUACGAGCAGGACUCCGGAACCAUGACCAUGAGAUUCUCCAGAAAAUCUAGAUGAACAGAUCAAGAAAGUAUCCCAGCAGGUCCUAGAGAAGCGAGCAUACAUCUGUGCCCACCCUUUGGACCGGACAUCCUGAAGCAGAGGGAUGGUGGUCACUGUUGCCGCCAGCCCCCAGGCCACAGCCUGUUGCUGGACAACUCUCACUUUUUCCAGAAGGUGUUGAACUUGGGGUUAUUUUAAGUUGAACUUUAUUCCCAGUCUUUACCUGAGGUCUUUCUCUUCGCCUGGAGAAACUUCUUCUAGGCUUGAUCUGUGAGCACUGCUGCCUAACAUGAUCAUUCCAGGUUCCUAGUGGAGAUGGAGAUGGAUAGAGAGAGAAUGGAGUUGCUGAGACCUGGAAUUAGAGGAUACGCUCUUAGUUUAGGAGACCUCAGAAUGGAAACGGGCGCUUGAGCUGCUGCCUCUGUCGCAUGAGCCUGCGGGGACCUAUUUCGGGCAUGGACGGCCAUUUCUACUAGACCACACCUUUCCCAAGAAAUAGCUUGAAAGCUGUGUAUGUGUCAUUCAUUCAGACUAGCAGCAAAAUAUACUUAAAACAUGUACCAGGAACCACUUAACAAAAAAAGAAUAUAAAAUGGCACAGUUUGUGUUUACCCUUCUAGUCAUGUUUUUCCUCAGAACCAGCCUUUAAUGGAUGGCAGCAUGCUCCUAAAAACCACCCUUUGGUGAUGGCUCUCAGUCUCUUUUGUCCUCAACCUGUGAGAAGAAGGCCUUGAAAGCUGAGGAGCAGGUUCCCUCUGCAGGGCCAUGGGGAUUAUGAGCCCUAUCUUUGAUCCCUCUCGGUGAUGGCUGGAAAACAGCAUUGCUUGGUACAUGACAACAUAUGCUUGUUUCCACCUGGGUUUUUCUGUCUGUUUUCUUUGCAAGGAUUGCCUGUCUACAGUGGACCAGAAAGUUGACAUUGCCUAAGGCCACUGGAACUGGUACAUACAGCACCUGAGUUUAGAGAAUGGAAAAUAAAAGUAGCAACACCUACAAACAUCCCCAAAGGAAGGGGAAAGUAAGAAUAGAUACUUUUGAAGAAAUAAUGAGUAUCGAAUUGAUAAGGAAAAUUCCAAGCUUGGACACAUUUUUAGUGAGAUUUAAAACAAAGGCAAAGAUGAAUUCUGAAAAGUAACAGAGAAAAAGGGCAGGGCACCUGUGAAGGAAAAA